UAAACAAACAAUUUUCCGAUCGAGCUAAAAAAAACCCGAAGAAGCCAAUAAGUGUAGCGAAGAUUAAUGAAAUGUGCGUUGCGCGCGUGAAGAAUUAAAUUAAUUAAUCGAAUUAAAGUGUUCCGCGAGCUCCAAGUUGGAUAAUGCGGGCACAGUGCCACAGCUUCAGCUGCUGUUUAGUCCGUUUGUGCUGUCCUCGUCCCACGCCUGCUGGUUGCCAUGAUGCGAUACUCGGAAAUCUCCCGCGACCUGUCCACGGAUAAUCUGCGCUACACGGAGUUGAGCAGAAAACCCGCAGCCGACUAUAAUGGAUACGCUGGACAGGCGUAUGCCACGCAGUUGCAGUUCAAACAGAGCUCCCCCGCUCCGGCUACCGCUUCAUUCAUGCAGCAGCCUCGGCUGGCAGCCAAGCAGCGGAGUCCGAAUGGGAAUGCCCAUACCAUGGCCGGCCUGCGGCAGGAUAAGACCCAGAAGGAGCACCAGGUGGAGCCGCAGCUGAUGCAGCAGCAGGCCAGCAAAACGCUGAACAUCAAGAGCACGCGACGCAAGAACUCCAUCGGGUGCCUCACCAGUUUCUCGUCCUCUCCAGACUCGCCCGGCUGCUACUACAGCAUAGCAGCCUCGGCAGCGCCGUCCUCCAAGUCGCAAAGUCUGCCUGCAAAUGGAUCCAUCAAGCAGCUGGAUGCGGUCAUCAUGAGCGCCCUGCGCGUGCCCGCCGAUGUGCUGGCCAACCAGAUCACGCUGCUGGACUUUCCCGUGUUCGCCCUGAUUCAGCCGGAUGAGCUGAGCAGCUGCGCCUGGACAAAGAAGGACAAGCAUGUGGUCACGCCGAACAUUGUGGCAUUCACGAAGCGCUUCAACCACACCAGCUUCUGGACAGUGCAGGAGAUAUUGAACGGCGAACAGCCCAAGCAGCGUGCCGAGACAAUGACGCAUUUCAUCAAGGUGGCCAAGAAGCUGCACGAGCUGAACAAUCUCCAUUCGCUGUUCGCCAUCAUCUCGGCCAUGCAGAGCGCCAGCAUCUAUCGGCUGAAGAAGACGUGGGCGUGCCUGUCCAAGAAGGAUCGCCAGUCGUUCGAGCGGCUCAGCGACAUAUUCAGCGACCAGAACAAUUGGGCGAAUCUGCGGGCCUACCUGGAGAGCCUCCGCCUGCCCUGCAUACCCUACCUGGGCCUCUUUCUCACCGAUCUGAUCUACAUCGAUCUGGCGCACCCGCACAAGGGCGGGCUGGAGCCCGAGCAGCGGCGCAACAAGAUGAACAACAUACUCCGCGUCAUCUCGAACUAUCAGCAGUCGGACUACAAGCAGCUGCAGCCGCAUGAGGCAACGCAGAAGUAUCUCACAUCCAUACGCUACAUCGAGGAGCUGCAGAACAUAUUCGAGGAGGAUCAGUACAAACGUUCACUGAAUCUGGAACCGGCAUCGCCCUCAGGGCCUAGCUCGUCUUCCUGCAGCUCCAAGGAGUCGUUUAAUGUGGAAACCGUCACACCAGCCCUGGGCUGCUUGAAUCUCUCGCCUGCCAAAACCAUUGGCUCCAUGCGCAUGGCCAGCGGCACAAAGUUUGUGCCCGGUCAUCGCAAGUGCCGCAGUCUGGGCACCAAAUUUCGUAGCAGCAGCUUGCCGCGCAACUUUGCACAAAAGUGUCAAUGCUGCAUUGUGAUGAUUGCGCCGGGCAUUGGCACCAUAUCCAACAAGCGGUGCAGAUGCCGUGGCAUAUUCGGAAAGAUUGCCACGCACAGCCACGGCGACGGGCAUCCGCAUCAGCUGCACUUGGAGCUGGACCAGGGAGCGGUGCCGCGACACCACCUGCUCGAUGACUCGGUGCUGGAGCACAGCGACGCCCUGUCCAAUGCGGAUCUCACAUCGCUGGAGAGCGCCGAGGGCAUAUUGUGUGACUUUACGGGCAGCGAGUGCGAUCUGAUGUCCCCAGAGGCGGCAGCCGCCAUGCAGGGCUGCGUGCGGCGGAAGACCGUGCAGAAGGAAGGACGCAAGCCGGCGGUGGCCUCGUGGCAGCGAUACUGGCUGCAAAUCUGGGCCAACUCUCUGGUCUACUUUCCGCCCAAGUCCUUCAAGGGCAGCGAGCGGAGCGACUUCAAGCGCGAGCCCUGCAAGGUGUGCCCCCUGGAUGGCUGGUAUGCCCACGUCAGCGACAACACGAAGCACAAGAACACCUUCGAGCUGUACCACCGCACUCUGGGCACCGUCUACAAGUUUCGCACCGACAGUCCGCAAAUGACGCACCUGUGGACGAACGCCAUCUGCAAGCUGGCCACGAUGCGUGUGCCAAAGCCAUUGCCAGCCAAUCUGAUGUCCUUCGAGUGAGGGGAAAUGUACUUCAGCUCGAAUCUAUUGUACUCAUCAUACUUGUGUUUAGACCGUAGUUAAGUUAGCCUAGCCAUUGUAUAUGUGCACAGCCCACAAGCAAGCAAGCAAUCGAGCAGCCAGCCACCCACCAACUCGAACUCAAUCACACGCCACAGAACAUUCCCAGAACACACAACGAACGAACAAAUUGCAACUGCUGCAACUAGAUGAAUCGAUUCUAAUGGUAUUUCAAAAGACUGACACUGACACAGACCAGCAGACCAGCAGAGAGCGAAGCGUAGCAGGGAAUUGAAGCGAAGAAUCAACUCAAAUCAACAGACAAACACAAUCAAACAAAUCAAACCCCAUUUCUGUGCUGUCUUUACUGUCCGUACUGUUUGUAUGUGUAUCCCUCUAAGAUUAAGUCAAAUAUUUGGACUCUUUUUUUGCGCUAAGUGUGCCAUAUUAUUUCUAAAUUAGUUUAAGCACCGCGAACACCUAGCUUUGUAACAGUGAAUCAAAAAUCAAACUCAACUUUCUAUAUGGAAACUAUAGGCUUUAAAAUAAGUAUGCUAUCGCUCACACACUAUCCACCUGUAACCUGUAAUCAGUUAAUCGGUGACUUUGCCUUAAGUUGAAUGCACUCUAAACAUUUAGAUACCUGCGUGUAAACUAUAGAUAUACAUAUAUAUAUACUGGAUGUUAUAG